CCUUGUAGUUUUGUGUUAAAGCUACACGGUCUGAACGUAGAUAACCACAAUCGACCAAAAGCAACUGCACCAAACAACCGACUCUUUUCAUUUGAUUUAGUUGCUUAGUCGGAGACAAAUCUAUAAAGUAUGUCUGGUUCCAUAAAAAAUGUUGCAAUAUUUGGAGCUACGGGAAUGACUGGACUGGUGACCUUACCGCAAGCGGUUGCGGCAGGCUACAAUGUUACCGUUUUGGUGCGUGACCCGUCCAGGCUCCCUGCCGACCACAAGGCCUCCAGGGUGGUGGUGGGGGACGUCCUGAACAAAGACGACGUGAAGACGACGAUGGAGGGUCAGGAUGCAGCCAUCAUCAUACUGGGAACCAGAAGUGACCUCAGUCCUACUACAAUGAUGUCAGAGGGGACAAGAAACAUCAUCAACGUCAUGAAAGCCAGAGGUAUCAGUAAAGUCAUUGGAUGCAUGUCAGCCUUCCUCUUGUGGGACCGGUCCAAAGUGCCCCCUCGCCUGGUCCCGGUCACUGAGGACCAUGACAGGAUGUAUACAGUGCUGAAGGAGUCCGGCCUGGACUACGUGGCGGUCAUGCCACCACACAUCGCUGACAACCACCCCCUGACAGAAAAGUACACCGUUACUGAGAACAUGCUGAAGGGAAGGGUCAUCUCCAAACACGACCUCGGCCACUUCUUCGUCAAGUGCCUCUCCAUCUCAGACUGGGACGGAAAGACUGUUGGGCUCUGCGGAGAGUACAGUUAAAACUCCUGUGUCAAAUAAAUAUUUCUUUAUAUAGUUUGAUUUGUGUGUUUCAUUUGUGUCUGUACAAUGUUACUGACCCUUACUUACUCAGUGAGCUGCCAGUGUUGAUACGCGGAAUAUUUUGACAAGAUGAAAUAACUAACAGUGUUAACAAUUUAAUUACAGAAAUACAAUGGUCUGUAUUGGUAGAAAAAUAUAUGAAAUAGGCUAUCUGUAUUGUAUGCUACAUCGACAAUGUGAUUGACUGAGUUAGGAAAAAGUAACCUGUGUCAGUUACAUUAUAAGGAAAUAAAUGUUUUCAAAGGCUGAAAUGUGUUUGAUAUAACAUGCCUUUUGGUCAAAUUUUUGUCAUUUGCUUUCUGUUGCUUUCUGUUUGAUGUGUAGGCUAUCUUUAUCAAGACCAUUGCUAAGCUAAUUAUUACUAAAUGAGCUUAUACAGUUUUUGUACUAAACAUAUUUUAUGAAAUCAUAUUUCAAAUAAAAAUAAAUAUAAAUUUC